AUGACGAAGUGUUUGAAAGAGCCAUUUUGCGUGAUUUCCGGGGUUAGAAGCAGAGCCGGCUCAUCACCGUUCACUUCUGAGCUUGACUGGAAGAUUGCGCAAUGGGCCAUCAAGGACAGUCCUGGACACAAUGCCUUUGACUGCUUGCUAAAAAUUCCUGGAGUUGUCGAGAAGCUUGGCCUCUCAUACCAUAAUGUCCGAGCACUUCACAAAAAGGUCGACUCCCUUCCAGAGAAAGCUGGCAAGUGGAAAACCAAAGAACUUGCCUUCUCAGACCGUCCAGAUGAGAAAUUCACUGUUCACCAUCAUGAUCCCAUUAAGGCCAUCAAGAGCCUUUGGAAGAAUCCUGAAAUCUCUCCAAAGAUGGCAUUUGCCCCAACCCGUGUUUACUCUGACUCAAAACAAGAGAAUCAUAUCUACUCUGAGAUGUGGACAGGGCAAUGGUGGCACAUUCUCCAGAGCAAGGUUCCUGAAGGUGGAACUGUAGCUCCAGUUAUCAUCGCUACUGACAAGACUCAACUGACUCAGUUCUCGGGCAACAAAUCAGCAUAUCCAGUCUACCUUACCAUUGGAAACAUUCCCAAGUCUCUUUGA